GCCGCGGCCCCGACCCCAUGGGAUGCGCCCACCGACGCCUGGGUGGUGUAGGAUUUUGGCAGAGCUGGCCAUGAUGUUAUGGUUUGUGGUUGGUGCCCUCUUCCCAGCACUGCUCCUGGCUGCUCCACCUCCCAUCAACAAACUCGCCCUCUUCCCAGACAAGAGUGCCUGGUGCGAGGCCAAGAACAUCACCCAGAUCGUGGGGCACAGUGGCUGCGAGUCCAAAUCCAUCCAGAACAGGGCCUGUCUGGGACAGUGUUUCAGCUACAGUGUCCCCAACACCUUCCCCCAGUCCACAGAGUCCCUGGUUCACUGCGACUCCUGCAUGCCAGCCCAGUCCAUGUGGGAAAUCGUGACACUGGACUGUCCAGGCAACGAGGAGAUCCCCAGGGUGGACAAACUGGUGGAGAAGAUCCUCCACUGCAGCUGCCAGGCGUGUGGGAAGGAGCCAAGCCACGAGGGAGCUCUGUUCAACGUCUACCUGAACGCCGAGGAGAACAUGCCAGCCGAGGGCCCCAGCCCACACCACUACACCCACCACCAGCAGGAGGUGGAGGAACCUCCUGCCUCCAGCCACCACCACCACGAGGAGGAGGGCGAGGAGUGACCUGGCCCCUGUGGACUGUGCU